AGCAGAUUUCCAGUUUGGGGCACUGAGCGCUUGGUCUGCCUGGCCACGCUGCUCAAACCGGCCUGAACUGUUUGUAACACAGGUGAAGGAUCCAGAUGAGGCCAGUGAGGGAGCGGAGUCUUUCCUGCAUGAAUUAGAGGAAGGCCUUCCAGAACGGAACCUGCAAACUAAAAGCACAGCAUCCCCCAGGCCUGGCCAGACACUUGAGCAGAAGACACAGACCCUGACGACAACGAUUGAGUUACGUCAAAAGCAGUUCAUUGAAGGACGAUUCCGGGGCUUGCUGUUUGAGAGCUUUUUAGAUGGACACUUUCUUCAUGAUGACCCACUGUCCGGCACAGAGAAAUGUCAGCUUUUCCUAGGAAAAUUGAAGCCGCCUCACCACAGGCCACAUAGGAGUGAAGAAGCAAGGACUCCUCGGGCACCCUUGGCCUUGAAACCUAGGCUCCAGUACGCAGCCCUGCUAGAUGCCUUGAACCUGGACAGUUUUACAGCAAUUCUGAGGCUGGAACCCACGUUAUUUUCCUGUGUGGCAAACCCAGUCCACGGUCUGUGUAAAAGAUCCCAAAAGCGAGAAAUAGGAGAUGGGGCUUUGGAUGUGACAAGGGGACCCAAGUACCCACGCCUCACAGGUAGUGCCGGCCUCAGAACAGAGCUUCCAGGUUGCAUCAGGAUGAGUGAUGACCUACGUGUGGGAGAGAAUGGUGCUGGCCGCUUGUUUUCCGAGAACCUGUCCCGGCUCAGGGAGCACCUCACACUACCGUCACCGGGGCACACCUCAUCCUCGGAGAGUGCUGUAACAUCCAGUGAUUCUGGAUCAGAAAUUUUGCAUAUGGCUUCUGGUGACCUUGACUGCAAAUUCCUCUGUGAGAAAGAGGAGGAAACAGAAUCUGCCCCUGCCGUGACAGGAACUGGUCCAACUCGUGAGAAUAUCACAUGCCAAGACUCCAUGACCAGGGACAAAGCUGUGACACACCUGGAAACAGGAGAGGAACUCGGAACAAUAGACGACCAUAGAAAGGAUCGCACUGCAGGAGAAACCGAGGCUUCCAAGCUUCCUGCACCUUCUGUGAAGCUGGUUAACUUUCAACAAGGUGACAACACUUCAGCUAAUGAGAAGGAGGUGGAGGCGGAAUUUCUCAGGUUAUCUUUGGGACUUAAGUGUGACUGGUUUACCCUGGAGAAGAGAGUGAAGCUUGAAGAGAGAUCCCGUGACCUGGCAGAAGAGAAUUUGAAGAAAGAAAUCACCAACUGUCUGAAGCUUUUAGAGUCAUUAACACCGCUGUGUGAAGAUGACAACCAGGCUCAGGAAAUCAUUAAGAAGCUGGAGAAGAGUAUAAUGUUUCUGAGCCAGUGUGCGACUCGCGUGGCCAGCAGGGCUGAGAUGCUGGGAGCCAUCAACCAGGAAAGUCGGGUCAGUAAAGCCGUGGAAGUGAUGAUUCAGCACGUAGAAAACCUGAAGAGAAUGUAUACCAAAGAGCACACAGAGCUGGAGGAGCUGAAGCAGGCUCUUCUGCAGAAUGACUGUCAGAUUAAAAAACGCUCAUCUUCUCUAAACUCCAAGCCAUCUUCUCUUCGGAGAGUGACCAUUGCCUCCUUACCCAGGAACCUUGGCAAUGUAGCACUGGUGUCCGGGAUGGAAAACAGUGACAGAUUCAGCAGGCAGUCAAGCAGCUGGCGCAUUCUGGGGACAAAGCAAAGUGACCACCGCCCCUCAUUGCACCGCUUUAUCAGCACCUACUCCUGGGCAGAUGAGAAAUGUGAACUAAAAACCAAAGAUAAGUCAGAGCCACCAAGGGACGAGAUGGUGGAGCACGUGAGGAAGCCCAGCCUUUCUGAGAAGAACAGCCCAUCCCAGUGGGAGGCCUCCUCUGUGUAUGGCUUGGUGGCUUCCUGGGCUGCACCCCUGCAGGCGUCCUUCAGGGGGGCCAAGGCGCUCUGCCUCUCCGUGAUCUUCAUCGUGGUCUUUGCAGCACUCAUGAGCUUCCUCACCGGCAGGUUCUUCCAGAAGUCUGUGGCGGCCGCUCCCACCCAGGAAGGGGAUUCCUGGAUGUCCCUAGAACAUAUCCUGUGGCCCUUUACCAGACUCCAGCACAAUGGGCCCCCACCAGUGUGACUUGUAGGACUGUCUCAGAUUCCUAGGUUAGUGAGUUUCUGGUUGCCCUUAGUCCUUUAGAGAUUUUAAUAUUUUAAUUCCCCACCUGGGGUAUUUUAGUGAGCUGAGACAAAGCUUUAUAGAAAUUUAUCUAAAUAAAGAACUAUUCAAAUCUUCA